GCGUCACGUGCCGCCGAGCGCGACCAAUAGCCGCGCUCGGGCGGCCGCCGGCGCGAGGGGGGCGCGCCGCUCUCCACCGCUCGCCAGUCCACGAGAGAACAGCGCGCGGAUAGGACGCGCAUCGCGUCCUCACCAACAACACGAGUUUCACCGAAAACCGGUCCAAUGCUUCGUGUCGCGUUAUAGUGUAUAGUGCCGUCGCAAUGAGUGCGUGGACGGAGGAUGUGUUAUCCUGGUGCGAUGACCGAUUAGGACUCACCGAACUGCCGAGCACGACCAGGAGAAAACAACGUAGCGCGCCGUACAGACUACAUCGGCCGCAUUUGCCCGCACCUCACGUGCCAGAAACACCGCCGGAGCCCCAAGGAACGCACAUAUCAAGGUUGUAUCCGGAAUUGUUGGCGUUGAUUUUUGAGAGGCUACCGGUGCGGGACAGAGGACGGGCAGCUCAAGUUUGCCGCGCUUGGAAAGAUGCGGCGGACAGGCGAUCUGUGUGGCGAGGAGUCGAAGCUGCUUUACAUCUUAGAAGACCAGCACCAGUGUUAUUCGCGUCGUUGGCCAGACGGGGAGUGAGGAAACUACAGGUACUAUCGCUGAGGAGAGGAUUAAGAGAUGCAGUCAUAGCGCUUCCAGGAUUAGAAUCACUGUCGCUUAGUGGAUGCUACAGUGUAACGGAUGCAGCAUUGGCCAGUGCAUUUGCAGCUGAACUACCAGCGUUGAAGAGAUUAGACUUAUCGCUAUGCAAACAAGUGACAGACUCGUCGCUUGGCAGGAUAGCUCAAUCACUAAAAAACUUAGAAGAACUAGAACUCGGUGGGUGUUGCAAUAUAACGGAUACAGGGUUACUUCUUAUAGCUUGGGGUCUUAGGAAACUUCGUCGUCUAAACCUAAGAUCCUGCUGGCAUGUAAAUGAUGCUGGUAUAGCCCACCUGUGUGGCGGAGGAGAGGCGAGAGGGACGCCUGAGUUGGAGUACCUGGGACUACAAGACUGCCAAAGGUUAACGGAUGAAGCUCUAAAGCAUACUGCAAUUGGUCUUCCUAAACUGAAAUCUAUAAAUCUAUCUUUCUGCGUAGCCGUUACGGAUGCAGGAUUAAGACAUUUGGCGCGACUACCGCAUUUAGAAGAUAUUAAUUUAAGAGCGUGUGAUGGCGUUUCGGACGCUGGUGUUGCCCACUUAGCUGAGAGCGGACGAUUGAGAGCAUUAGAUGUGUCUUUCUGCGAUAAAGUUGGCGAUGAAGCACUUUCGCAUGCUACUUUAGGUUUGUCAGGGCUACGUUCCCUCUCAUUGAGCGCCUGUCGCCUCACAGAUGAGGGCUUAGAACGAGUCGCCAGGUUAUCACAACUAGAAACACUAAAUAUAGGGCAGUGCACCCGUGUCACAGACAGAGGAUUACGCGCUCUAGGUGACGGACUACAGAAUUUAAAGGCAAUAGACUUGUACGGGUGUACGUGUAUAACUCCGCAAGGCUUGGACCAUAUAGUAAAGUUGCCUCGGCUUAGUGUACUUAACCUCGGCCUGUGGCAUGUGCGGUGACCACACACACAUUAGUCUGUGUUUACGUGUGCCUGUGUGAGUGAGACGGCCAUGUUGAAGUGAAGGAGCGCCAAGGUUGUAUACUCUGGACAGUGGAUAAAGGAAUUUAACCAAUUUUAAGAUAUUAUAACGAAUUAUUGUUAGGAAGUGGGGUUGCUUUCUUUUAAAAUGUUCUGUUUUGCGGCCAGUUGUGUUUGUCGUUGAAUUGUUUGUUGGAAAGUAUUCUGUGAUUUCAACUUUUUGUAUGUUUUUACUUGCGUUGUCUCAAGAGAGUUCCCCCAAUGCCUAGUCGAUACUUAUAUUGAGUCAGAUCUUUUUAAAUUUGUGAAUUUUCUUCUUGUUUACUUACUUUGUUUUGCCGUUUCUAUUAAACUGCGAUGACGUAAUAACUGAUUAAUGAUUCAUUACUUUUGUAACAAAUAUCUAUUACUACUUUAAAGAGAUCUGGUUAUUCAAUAUAAUUGCUCCAUUAGUUAGGUAGACAUUUAGCCAUUCUUCAAAUUAAUGUUGUCUUCAAUUCGACAUCAUGCAGCAGGAAUGUAAUUAUAAGAAAAUCGUUUAUUUUCAUGUUUCUAACACUCUCUCUUUAUUUCAUUUUAUAAUUUUUAAUACAAUAAUAUCAUGUUGGUAAAAUACAUAUUUUGUUGCUUUGCUUUGUUCAUUGUAACUCCAUCUACUUAUUCAUAACAACGUAAAAUCUUCAAUAAACGUAAUCUGAUGUAUUUUGUUUUGUAUUUUUGCCAAUAGAAUAUCUUGAAAUACUCGUGUGAACAACUAAGAUCUAAAUUAUAAUUUGUUUUCGAUCUAGAUUUAAAACUCAUUCUACUAAAAUGAAUUUAUUUGAACGCUUGACGUUUUUAUGAAUAAAGUACUUACCAUUGAUAUUGACUUAAAAAGCAACUAAAAUGAACAAUAAUUUUACUUGCACUAUAGACAAGUAAAAAAUAUAGAAGGCUGUGUAGGUAAUUUAAAAUGUUUUAAAAUCUUCUAUAUUGUCUUAUUGCUUUCAAAUGACACUGUGGAUUUUUACAUUUUGAAAAAGAAAAAUAAUAUUUAAAAUAAUUUAUAUUUCUUUAUAGAAAUGUUGUAAAUCUAUAAAGAUAGAAAGGUCUACGAUAAAAUAUUACUGAACAUAAUUUGUACCUACUUACCAAAGAGUUUGCGUUUAAUACGAAAAGACAAAAUAAAAAUAACUUUGCAAUUACAUUAGUCAAACAUCGAUUUAGAUUUAUAAUAAUCACACAUUAAUAAAACAACACUAUGUAUAGUGGACUAA